AUGGCUCAAAAGCAUUUGCACGAGUUACUUCAAGAGGAUCAAGAGCCAUUUGUUUUGAGGAAUUUCAUUGCUGAUAGGCGUUGUCAGCUGAAGAAAUCAUCACCCAAAACUCAUGUUCAAAUCAAUAAACGAAAACCCAUUACUCAAAUCUCCAGUUUCCCUUCAAAUUUCUGCAAAAGUGCUUGCUUUUUCUCCUUCCACGAUGCAACAACAGACCCCAGGAAGUCACCGUUGUUUGAAUUCCCUUCACCGGUUAAAAGCCCUUGCAAAAGCCCAGCAGCCAUCUUUCUUCACAUCCCAACAAGCACCAAGGCUCUUCUUCUUGAAGCUGCUCUCAGGAUUCAAAUGCAAUCGAAAACCAAGAACAACGGCGGUUCUUCUGGGUUAUUUGGUUCAAUCCUAAAGAGGCUUACACACCCUAACAAGAACCGGAAGCUUGAAACCGGUAAUGAUGGAGGUGAAAUUUCGACUGUGGGGAAAAACAACCCAAGACAAAGGAAAAGGUUGUCGGCGAUGGAAGAACAAAGUGGUCGGCCGAGCAGUGCUGUUUGGUCUGAGAAAUCCAUGGAUUUGGAUACUUCAUGUAGCUGCAGUCAUCAAUCCGAGGAUUUUGAAGAGAUUUUCAGUUCCAAAUAUGGUUUACAAAAUAAUUCAGCUUUUGCUUCCUUUGAUGAGCAUUUUUGUGAAAGCCCUUUCCAUUUCGUGAUUCAAAAAAGCCCUUCUUUUACUCAUCGGACACCACUCUUCUCUGCACCAACAUCAUCCCCAAAGGAGGACAAGGAAAAUUACGAAACAGAGAGCUUUCAAAAACAAGUAGAAGCGGAGGAAGAAGAAAAAGAACAAUGCAGUCCUGUUUCUGUUUUGGACCCUCCAUUCGAGGACGACGACAAACAUGUGGAUGAUGACGAAGAUGAUAAUGUCGACGAGAACAGUGGUUUUAAUCUCGAAUGCAGCUUUGCAAACAUACAAAGUAGGCUUUCUUUUUUAAUCACUUGA